AUGGAGAGAAAACAAGAAGAGAUGCAAUUUCUUGGGGUCUUUGGCAUAUACAAAGAAGCCUACAAGAUUAUCUUCUCAUGGAGAAAGAUCUUCAGUCAGAUAGCUCUUGCCUUGAUUCUUCCCCUAUCGUUCAUCUCCCUAGCUCACAUCGAGGUAUCCAAUGUUCUCUCCGGAAAGAUUAUCAAUAACCAAGUAGAGUUACUUGGGACAGAAGCUGGCACGAAGAGAUACAAUAAACUAUCCGAUCAUGUCUCCUCGGAAUUAGCCUAUUUUUGGCUCUUCGAAGCUGCAUAUCUCAUCCUUAGUCUCAUUUUCUCUCUUCUUUCAUCCGCGGCUGUUGUUUACACCAUAGCUAGUAUCUAUACUAACCGAGAAGUGAGUUUCAAGAAGGUUAUGAGUGUUGUCCCCAAGGUUUGGAAGAGGCUGAUGGUCACCUUUCUGUCUGUCUCUGUAGCUUUUUUCGCAUACACUGUAGUUGCCAUCCUGGUUUCUUCGUUAGUGUUGAUCAUUGCAUGGUUUGUUUUUACCGGAUUUCACUAUCUCAAAGUCUUCUAUUCGUUUGGGAUCGUUCUGUUGGUUCUGUACUUCAUGGGGUUUGUGUAUAUGAUCAUCGUUUGGCAAUUGGCUAGCUCCGUGUCUGUGUUGGAGGAGGCUUGUGGGUUUAAAGCCAUGACCAAGAGCAGGGCCCUGAUCAAAGGCAUUCCAGAAUCUAGUUGUUCAUGGGGUGUCGAUGAACACGGCGACAAGAUUAUUAUAUGGGGUAAUUUGCUUAUCGUUGUUUCUUGGUUUUUUCAAUAA